AUGCGCCGAAGCACUGCCCAAUCGGAGAUUCCUCUCCCCAUCACAUACACCCCAACGACGCAUCGCAUUAGCAAAGCGAAGAAGGGCAAACGCGUUCACGCCUGCGAGUAUCCAGGGUGCAACAAAGUUUUCACCAGAGCAGAGCAUAGAAGACGGCAUGAGUUGAACCACAACCCCGAGGCACUGUUUCGAUGCGCCCACCUCAACUGCAAGAAAGCAUUCCACCGUCCCGACUUGCUUUCCCGCCACAUGGAAAGACAUGAGCUCGAGGCCCAGAUGGACCACACCGCACAAUGGCAGCGUCAGAACCGCACCUCUGUAAUGCCCGAGGCCUAUGUGCCCAAGUGUGCACCCGUCAACGCCCACCCGACUCCCUAUCUCACCGUCUCCCAGCCCCAGAAUGCCAUGUCCGUAGGAUCGCUCGUCGGGCCGGCUAUCCACCCCAAUUUCGCCAGCGAUUGCAACUUGAUGUGGAAUGGAGUUGAUUUGCAGUCGGCACCCCACACCCCGUUGUACCAGGGCCCUCACAUUCACGAGUCGAUCGAGGACAGUCGCUUCUACGCUACCCCGGACACAUGCCCCUCUCCCGUCUCGGAUGGCUCGCUCUCAGUUCACUCUUACGCUCGAUCUUCCGUGGUGUCCACGCCUAUGACCACAGUCGAACCCUACCCCGAGAGCAUUAUUGAGCACGACUUGACAUCAUCGCCUAUUUCCAUGCAAUCGCGGAUGGGCUGCUGGGACCAGCAGGACAUCAGCCUGCCAUCCAUGAGCAUGAUGCCCAUGCCCCUCACCGAAGGUCUUCUUCAACCAUCCCUUCAAUGCGCCUACUCCUCGCCGAGCUGGUCAACACAUAGCCUGGGUUAUGACGAGCAUGUGCUACCACCCGCCGCCUUUCCCGCCAACAUGGGCUGGAAGUCAUGGACGAUGUGAAAGCGCGCACGAGAAGCACGAAGUAACGACCACGAUCCAUUAGACCUCAUCCUCGCCGGAUCCUCAAUAAGUAGGGGCUUAUCAGCCAUGCUUUGGAGGGGAAGAUCGAUUCAGCUUAUAAUCGAAAUGUCUAAUACGCAAUCGACGCAGCGGACGCGGCUAAUCUUACAAUUCGAAUUGGGAAAACAGAACGCGCAAAACAGAAAACCACCUCAAAAUAAAGAGGGAACAGGAAAAAGCAACAUCCACCCCAUCAAUUUCGAAACAUCCAUCCUGCAAAGGCUUCCAAAAGUUUCUUUCGUCGGAGAGAGGAUUACACAAAAUACUACACCCCACCCUCCGAACUCGGGAAGGAGCUACCCUGUCUCCUUCUCCACCCACCUACCAUCAGAGCUGCCUUUAUUAGACUCGCGUCGGCUUAUAAAGUUACUGCACAG